UAACUUCAUGUUUUUAAUGUCAAGUGUACAGUACAGUGAAAUGCCUCUCUUGCAAGCUUACGCUAUGAAAACCUUGACAGAAGUGCAUUUUCUUCAUAGCCCCCAAAUUGCUCCUAUUUUUCCGAACUUGUCGGAUUCUUGUGGGAUCUGAUCGCGAUGAUAUUCCAGAUAUGCUGCUCAAUGAUUUCAUCCUCAGCUGGACUUUCUUUGAUAAUGAAGCGGCUGUUUGACGUUACUCAGUGACGAGCUAAGUGCUAAACGGCAAACCCAGAGAGUAAAAGAUACAGGUUUCAUUUACCUGAUGAGUGUGAGCUAAUUGUUACCCCCAGUAUUUCAGCUGCACUUUAUCAGGAAGUACCUAUUUGGGGUGUCACACUUUGCACUCUGUCUUCCAGCCGUUCUUGUCUCAUCUUCAUUUCUGUAUAUCCAUCGAGACUGUUUCCACUGUCCUGGAUGUCAGUCCAGGUGCCCUAUGCGGCUUGGAUAGGAGCAUUCUGCGUGAUAGGGGUAUGGACUGGAAUUCCAUGGAGAAUUGCUGGACAAUUACUUUUAAUCGGGAUAAGGGCAUUCCAUUUGAAUUAACUCUCCCGUUCCCAUUAAAUUCCAAUUGGAGCAAACGAGUAUAAACGAGGCGAUUUGCGCCAAAAAAAAAAAAAACGUUUUUUUUCCUUCUUCCUUUUUUUCAGUUGAACUAAUUUCUUACUCAAAUCAUGGGACUUCUUAAUGUGGUCAACGUUUGUCAAUAAAACAAAUGGCCAACUGAAAAAUUCUGGUACCGGUUGUGUCCCUGCUGGCGUUUGUCAUAAAAGGUGGUGGUGCCAGGCAAAGAGUCCCACCUGGCCCAGUCACACCUGCUCUCUCUCUCUCUCUCUAUGCUACCCCUCAUCCCCUGAUGGGCACCUCAUCACACCGUGCCAAAAGUCCACCGUCUCUGCUAACAACCACACCACGCCCCUAACCACCGGCCAUCGCCAUGGAGAUGACGCAGUCAAUGGUGAUGGACAGAGAGAACGAAGGGGGAGAGAAAGAGAAAGGGGAGGAGUCAUCGCAGGAGAACGGCAGGCUCACGCUGGCUGACGGAGGGGUGGCAGAGAAGGGGGACCCCAAAGUGAACUCUGGUGGGGGGUCAGGAGGGGUGUCCAACGGGUACCCCACGUCCACAGCGCAGAGCCCAAAGGAGGGAGCGGGAGGUGUACCCACAGGGGCCCCCAGGACUCUAGUGGUCCAGCAGACCAGUCUGGACCGGCCCCGGGAGACCUGGAGCAAGAAGAUGGACUUUCUGUUGUCUGUGAUUGGCUACGCCGUGGACCUGGGAAAUGUGUGGCGCUUCCCCUACAUCUGCUAUCAAAACGGCGGAGGUGCCUUCCUGCUGCCCUACAUGUUGAUGGCGGUAUUCGGCGGCGUGCCUCUGUUUUACAUGGAGCUGGCACUGGGGCAGUUCCACCGCAGCGGCUGCAUCUCCAUCUGGAAACACAUCUGCCCCAUCUUCAAGGGUGUGGGCUUCGCCAUCUGCAUCAUAGCGCUGUACAUUGCGUUCUACUACAACACCAUCAUGGCGUGGGCCCUGUACUACCUGCUGGCGUCGUUCCGGCCCACCCUGCCCUGGACCACGUGCUCCAACCCCUGGAACACGGUCAACUGUCUCCGCUACCUGUCCACCGACAGCAACGUCACCUGGACCAACACGUCCACCUCGCCAGCCGAGGAGUUCUAUACGCGUCAGGUACUGCAGGUACACCUGUCUCCAGGUCUGCACCAGCUCGGCAGUGUGAGUUGGCAGCUGGCUCUCUGCCUCCUGUUCAUCUUCACCAUCGUCUACUUCAGCAUCUGGAAGGGAGUCAAGACCUCUGGCAAGGUGGUGUGGGUGACAGCCACCUUCCCCUACCUUGUCUUGCUGGUGCUGCUCGUUCGUGGGGCGACUCUGCCCGGGGCCUGGAGGGGCGUGGUCUUCUACCUCAAACCUGAUUGGGGGAAACUACUCAGCACCACGGUAUGGAUUGAUGCUGCAGCUCAGAUCUUCUUCUCUCUGGGGCCAGGUUUUGGGGUGCUCCUGGCCUUUGCCAGCUACAACCCCUUUCACAACAACUGCUACAAGGAUGCGUUGGUGACCAGCUCGGUGAACUGCCUGACCAGUUUCCUCUCUGGGUUUGUCAUCUUUACUGUGCUCGGCUACAUGGCUGAGAUGCGCAAAAUAGGCGUGGAGACCGUAGCCAAGGAUGCUGGUCCCAGUCUGCUGUUCAUCAUCUAUGCUGAAGCCAUCGCCAACAUGCCCGCUGCCACCUUCUUCGCCAUCAUCUUCUUCCUCAUGAUCAUCAUGCUGGGGCUGGACAGCACAUUUGCCGGUCUGGAGGGGGUGAUCACAGCCAUGCUGGAUGAGUUCCCCCAAUUGUUGUCUAAGAGGAGGGAGUUGUUUGUCCUGGGUCUGGUGUGUGUCUGCUACCUGGGAGCGCUCUCCACCCUCACCUACGGAGGUGCGUUUGUGGUGAAACUGUUUGAGGAGUACGCCACAGGACCUGCUGUCAUCACUGUGGUCUUCCUAGAAGUCAUCGCUGUUUCCUGGUUCUACGGCACCAGUCGUUUCUGCGCUGAUGUCAAUAUGAUGCUGGGCUUCUCCCCUGGACUAUUCUGGAGGGUGUGCUGGGUAGCCAUCUGCCCCAUCUUCCUACUGUUCAUCAUUGUCAGUUUCCUGGCGUUCCCCCCGGAGGUCAAGUUGUUUGACUACAUCUACCCACCCUGGACCACAGUUCUGGGCUACUGCAUCGGAGUGUCCUCCUUCAUCUGUGUACCAGCCUACAUGGUGUACCACCUGCUCACUGCCAAAGGGACCUUUAAACAGCGUCUCCUGAAUGGCAUCACCCCUGUACCCAGUGGGCCUCACAGUGACAUUAUCAUCACCCACGCCGUCUGACCCAGUGGUCUGACCAGGCCGGGUGGACUACACCACCCUCUGCUGGACAUAGAGCACAACGCAGGACGGGGAGGGUUCACCCCCCCCCCCCCCACUUCUCCUCCAGAACCCCCACAGCAGACUACCGAAGCACAGAGGCACCCUGUUUAUCCCACUUACCCCAGGGCCGAGGUGGGGACGCUGGGCCACACUGUCUGCAGUAUCCCACACCCCUCCUCCGUCGUCUCCCUCCUGGCUCAUUCUGUUAGCGGCUAAUGUCGUCACUGGUUUCAUACUGGGCCACGCUGGUCAGAGCAUUUCAACCACCAGACAGAGGGUUUUUAGAUGCCACAGCACAAUGGCAUGAGUACUGUUAUUGAAGCGUAAUGUUGCCUUUCAAGUCUAUACCUGUCCAUUACAAUUGGAAUCCAUCCGCACAGUAUGAGGCAUAAACAUACACGCUUCCUUGUCUCUGCUCCAUCAGGUCCACGAAACAAUGUUUAUAAUGACGAGCAAACAUCUCAUCUCACGGCUUCGUUCGACGUUAUAUCCUUGUUUCAUGAGUUCUGCGUUCAGAUAUUUCGCUGGGCAUUGAUUUGCAAAAUGCAGGUAUCUUUUUUAAGUUUCUCUAUAAAACCAAAUAUUCCAUGGAUAUUUCUACAGGUAUUUCCAGAUGUGAGCUGUUGUCCUGCUUUAGGAUGACUUGGUGGGAGCUUGUCAGUGUUUCUGAACAGGAUGGCUGAACCUAUGAAGGGCCUUGAUGAUGAGUGUCAGAGCGUCUCCACACGGUGAAGCGCUGUAUGUUGGUGUUGUAUGACGCACUGCAGCACUGAUUAUGCUCUAUAAGCGUAGCCAAGUUGUUGGGGGACAUAGAGACCAGUUCAGAAGAGAAAACAGGGCUUUGUCCAGUUAUGUGGGGGGAUUCUUGAGCUGCAGUAUGGAAGGCUCUGGUGCGCGUGUGCGCAGGCGGCGCUAGACAGAAAUGGAAGGAAGGUGGGGAGAAGCUACCCUGUGCAGAUCAGAAGGAGUGGGUAAUAUUAUCCCAAUGUAAGAUGUAUAUUUAUUUGAAAUAAUUAUUAUUGCUGUCAAAUCUAUACAUUCAUGUGUUUGUUUAUCUCAUUUACUAUAAACGGACAUGCUGAUUUUAGUUUGAUUUAGUUUCUUAAUAUGUAAAACACCAUUUCCACGCUAACUGCCUACAUCGGGAACCCAGUAUUGAACACAACUAUGUUCAUCUCCUUCAUCUCCGUCUCUCAGUCUUCAAGGAUGUGUCUAAAAACAGGUAUCGGUCUUUACUUUCGACCAAAUAGUCUGUUGUGUGUUGGAAUGGGAGUCGUAGUAUGACGUGUGUAUUAAGUGAGUGUGUAUUAAGUGAGUGUGUAUUAAGUGAGUGUGUAUUAAGUGAGUGUGUAUUAAGUGAGUGUGUAUUAAGUGAGUGUGUAUUAAGUGAGUGUGUAUUAAGUGAGUGUGUAUUAAGUGAGUGUGUAUUAAGUGAGUGUGUAUUAAGUGAGUGUGUAUUAAGUGAGUCUUGGUGUCGGUGUGUGUCUCUUUGUUCUGUGAAUACUUGUGUGUGCAUCAGACCAGGGUGCAAAUACAAUAGGGAAUCUUUCAAGUACUUUGUGUUUUCUUUGGCCUGCCUAGUGCCAGAUGGGCGGGGUUUGUUUUAGCCUGCCUCGUGCCAGGAUUGCGACUGUUCUAUUGGUUUCGUUGAACCAGGCAAGCUCAAUCAAAUCUGAAGUAUUUGAAACGAUUUCAAAUAGUAUUUUAACUGGGGAUUGGUGUACGUGUGUCUAAGCGUGCAUACCUUGCGAGCGUGCAUACAUGAGUGUGCGUGUAUACACGUGUGUGUGUGUGUGUCAGCAUGCAUGUGUGUGUACAUUAUGAACUGAAGUAGCAGUGUCAGACUCUGUCAACUUUGUCAGUGUGUGUAACCUGUGUGUGCAUGCCAGUGUGUGUAACCUGUGUGUUCAUGCCAGUGUGUGUAACCUGUGUGUUCAUGCCAGUGUGUGUAACCUGUGUGUUCAUGCCAGUGUGUGUAACCUGUGCUUCAGCUUGCGUCUGUGACCUUGUCUUGUUCCUCUACAAAAUAUCCAAUGAAGAUGAUAAAACCACUCCCUCGUACCUCUCGAGCCUAUAUAAUGUAUGAUCUAUGUAUGUCUGUUAAAGAUUGUAUUGGGAAAUAAACCUGUAUAGAAGAAAGAUAUACAUAUUAUAUGAAUUAAUAAAUAAACAAAGUUAAGAUGUAAAUUA